CUGGUUCCAUGGGAAGAUCUCAGGGGUGCAGGCGGUGCAGGAGCUGCAGCCGGCCGAGGACGGGCUGUUCCUGGUGCGCGAGUCCGUCCGGCACCCCGGUGACUACGUGCUGUGUGUGAGCUUCGGCAAGGAGGUGAUCCACUACCGCGUGGUGCACGAGGAGAACACGCUCAGCAUUGACAGCCAGCAGUACUUCUCCAACCUCAUCGACAUGAUCGAGCACUACAUGAAGGAGCAGGGAGCCAUCUGCACCAAGCUGGUGAAGCCCAAACCAAAAACCGGGAUGAAGUCGGCUGAGGAGGAAUUGGCCAAAGCCGGCUGGUUGCUGAACCUGCAGCACCUCACACUCGGAGACCGCAUCGGGCAAGGCGAGUUUGGAGACGUCCUGCAGGGCGAGUACAUGGGACAGAAGGUGGCUGUGAAGAACAUCAAGUGUGAUGUGACUGCCCAGGCCUUCCUCACCGAAACAGCUGCCAUGACGAAGGUGCGGCACAAAAACCUGGUGUGUUUGCUUGGCGUGAUCCUGCACAACGGCCUCUACAUCGUCAUGGAGUUCAUGAGCAAGGGCAAUCUGGUGAACUUCUUGCGCACACGGGGCCGGGCGCUUGUCCCAACCCAGCAACUCCUCCUGUUUGCUCUGGACGUGGCCCAGGGCAUGGACUACCUGGAGUCCAAGAAGCUGGUGCACAGGGACCUGGCUGCCCGCAACAUACUCAUCUCUGAGGAGAAUGUGGCCAAAGUCAGCGAUUUCGGCUUGGCCCGGGUCAAUCCCAAGGGAGCAGAUGCCACUUUGCUGCCUGUGAAGUGGACAGCCCCGGAGGCCCUGAAACACAAUGUGAGCAAUGGUGGGAACAGAGGGGGGGGCUGAGGGGUUCUCCCGAAGCAUCUCUCCCCCUUGCGUUCCCCUAGUCUGAAGGAGGUGACGGAGCUGCUGGAGCAGGGGUACCGCAUGGAGCCCCCCGAGGGCUGCCCACCCUCCGUCUACACCCUGAUGAAGAGCUGCUGGGAGCUGGAGCCGGGCAAGCGACCGUCCUUCAAGAAGCUCACAGAGAAGCUGCAGAAGGAGCUGAAGCACCUGAGGGACGUUUAA